GAAAUAAUUACCGUAAGAGUUUCUAAAGUCAAAUCAGAGAAAAGGGCCAUGUUGACUAAUCGAUCAAACUUCUACUUCAACUCUAUCUUAAUGAGCACCGAAGAAAAGGUGGAGAUGGAUUUUCAUGCUACUAUUCUAACUUACUUUGGAUACGGUACAAUAUUUCUGGCGUCGCUUGUCGGUAAUUCUUUCCUUAUACACAUUAUACGAACAGACACAUCCAUGAAGACUGCAAUCAAUUACUUGAUUUUAAACCAAGCCUGCGUUGAUCUUCUCAUUCCAUUCAUGCAUUUAAUGGAUAAUUUUCGUUACAGUUCUUAUCAUGGAUCGUGGUUUGGAGGAAAUAUGGGUCAUAUUACCUGCAAGUUAUAUCUUGCAAGCCUUUGUGUCCUCCCAUCUCUUUCUAUUUUUCUACUUUUAGCAAUUGCUGUCGAUCGCUUUUACGCAGUAUUUCGACCUUUUGAUAGGACGCCGAUUUCUCGAAACAUAAAAACAGUAUUUCUGUUUAUGUGGACAUGCUCACUUGUUGGUCCGACAGCCGUUUUUGCUAACUGGCACCUAGAGACUAAAAAUAACUCUUACUUCUGCCAUUCGAGGAUCUUUUUACGACUUGGUGAAGGGAAUAAAUUUUAUGUCAUGUCAUUACUCCUUGGCGUCGUUAUCCCUCUCACGCUUAUGGCAACUCUAUACACGAGAAUAUGCAUCAAACUAUGUUCACGUCAGGCACCCGGAGAAGGAGCCAGUCAAAACCAACGCCAGCUCCAAAUUAUAGCGACAGCAAGAAAGGUUACUAUGAUGAUGAUCGCAAUCGUUGUUUUAUUCCUCAUUUGCUGGGUUCCUUUCUAUAUUUCGAUGGCACUGUUAUAUCUUGGCUUUGGGCAAAACAAGGCAGUUUUAUUUUCAGUUUGGUUAACAGUCUCUUACAGCGGCAUUAAUCCUUACGUUUAUUUCGCCUUCAGUACAAAGUUUCGAAAUGGAUUGAAACAUCUGUUUGGAAAUAUUCAUGUUUUUCCCUUUAGAUCCGUGAGUAUGGAGCUUCACCAAAUUUAG